UCACUUCACUGAAUUCUACAUUGUGUUUGUUGGUGUGUGUGUGUGUGUGUGUGUGUGUGUGUGUGUGUGUGUGUGUGUGUGUGUGUGUGUGUGUGUGUGUGUUUGUGGGUGUGUGUCUGUGUAUACGUGGUGUGUAUGUCUACGUGUGUCUGUGUGUGUGUGUGUGUGAGUGUGUUUGUGUGUGUGUGUAUACGUGUGUUUGUGUGCGUGUGUGUGUGUGUGUGUGUGUGCGCAUAUGUGUGUAUAUAUGUGUGUCUCAGCUGGUCCAAGGGUGUGUUUGUGGAUGCUUUUCAAUGUGUGCCUGCAUCCAUAAGCCUUCCCCACUGACACCUGGAGCUCCAGAGAGAGAGAGGGAGAGACGGUCUCCACAGAGAGUGUAGCUGGAGAUGGGCUUCGUCCAGAGGGCUUGGAGCUCCGGUCAGCCCUGGGGUUCUGUUGGAACUCUGUUGGGGUGGACCGCCUCCAGACUGCAGCCGGAUUGGGCUGCGCGGCUUUUCCACGAGGACGGAGAGACCCUGGUGCUGACCGAGACCGAUGAGUUGAGUAGAACCUACUGUGAGGAAAGUAGCUGCUCUCCAAACAGUCACACACCGGCCUCAGGUGGGACUAGAACCAGCCCCGCGGCAGACAGAACGGACGCCGCCGCCACGGCCGCUUCUCCUCACAGAGGUCAGCCGAGCAGAACCACAGCCACGGAGGAACUACCGUCGCCUAGCAACGCUAACCGCCACGCUAACAUGAAGUGGGUUGGACCGGGCGCUAAACAACAAAUCAUAACCACCCUCACCUCCACUGGACCGAGAACAACCACGAGCACCUCUCUGCUACCCCCCCAAUACCUGAGGUGCUUCAGCGACACCGGGAUCCACAAAGCAGAGGAGCCCCGGGCCACUACAGACACAGUUAGCUGCAUGAUAAAUAGUCCCGUCGACUCCACACACCCCAGCACCGCCGACGCGACGCGCACCUCGAGGACCCCCGGGCUCGCCGGAGGGAAGGUCGGCCGCCGUAACCAGGGCGUCCCGGCACCUGAACCGGGGGCCGCCCUACAGAGGAGACCGCCUAAUGUCACCGGCCCCCAGGAGGAAGCCCAGCUCGAAGGAGCCCUGGGUCCACCCCGCCCCUCCAUCACCACCUGGGAGGCCGGCUGGAACGUCACCAACGCUAUACAGGGUAUGUUUGUUUUGGGCCUCCCCUACGCCCUGGUCCGGUCCGGCUACCUGGGUCUCCUGCUGUUAGUGCUGGCCGCCUGGAUCUGUAACCACACCGGGACCAUCCUGGUGGCCUGCCUGUACGAAGAGGAACAUCACGGAUGUAGCUGUGGCUUGGCUCCCAGACUGGUUCGGGUCCGCCACAGCUACCAGGACAUAGCAGAGGCCUGCUGCAAGGGACUCCGGCCCAACUGGGCUGCACUGGCUGGCUGGAUGGUUAGCAUAGCUCAGGUGGUAGAGCUGCUGAUGACGUGCACGCUGUACCUGGUGGUCUCCGCCUCUCUCCUGUCAGACAGCCUGUGGUGGACGGCUGUCCCCAGAUCAGCGUGCUCCCUGGCCUCCGUCCUGCUCCUGCUGCCCUGUCUGGUGCUGACAGACCUCCGACCAGUGUCCACCCUCAGCAUGCUGUGCUCCCUGGCUCACGGCCUGAUCAGCCUGCUGGUGAUCCUCUACUGUCUGAGUGCAUCCCGUGGCUGGUCCCUGUCCGCUCUGUCUCUGGCCGUGGAGCCUGGGGACUUCCUGGUCUCUGUGGGUGUCAUCAUCUUCUCCUACACCUCUCAGAUCUUCCUCCCUACCCUAGAGGGCAGUAUGGAGCACAGAGGGCAGUUCCCUACAAUGCUGGGGCACACCCACGCAGUCGCUUGCGUCCUGAAAACAGCCUUCUCCUUGCUGGCUGUAUUGACAUGGGGCAGAGAUACCAGUGAGGUCAUCACUGACAACCUACCAGCCAACCUUCGCCCUUUCGUCAACCUGGGUCUGGUCGCCAAAGCACUGCUCUCCUACCCACUGCCAUUUUACUCAGCCGCACAGAUCCUACAAACCUGCUUUCUAAGGGGCACUGCGGCGUCAGCCUCCCCCCAGGCCCGCCGUGGCCCGCCGGCCGGGUCCCGUCUGGGGCUGCUGGUCCGCGGGGGCCUGCUGGGGACGUCCUACCUGCUGGCCCUGCUGGUGCCCAGGUUCUCCCUGCUGAUGGGUCUGACGGGCAGCGUGACCGGGGCGGCCAUGACCCUGACCCUGCCCUGCCUCUUCCACCUCAGGCUGCGCUGGUGUCGCCUGGGGGCCCGGGAGAGGCUCACAGAUGGGGCCAUACUGAGUCUGGGGCUGCUCUGUAGCACAUCUGGACUGAUCUGCUCACUCAAGAGGCUGGUGGAGGGACUGUAG